ACGAUGGCAGCAGCAAAACCGCAACUCACCUGCGAGCCUGCAUGGAAAAAAUUGCAGGAAUACUUCGAAGCAACUGGCAAAGACCUUAACAUCAAAGAUCUAUUUGCAAAAGACUGCGGCCGUUUCAAUCAGUUCAGUUUGACCCUAGACACGCCAAAUGACGGCCCAAUUCUUGUGGAUUACUCCAAAAACCGUCUGGAGAAACAGUGUUUGGAGUUAUUGUUGGAUUUAUGUAAAGCCAGGGGUGUUGAAGAGGCUAGAACAGCCAUGUUCAGUGGGGAAAAAAUAAACAUAACUGAAGACAGGGCUGUGUUACAUACAGCUUUACGUAAUCGCUCAAACAAACCCGUUAUGGUUGAUUGUAAAGAUGUUAUGCCUGAUGUGAAUGCCGUUUUGGAACAUAUGAAACAGUUCACCAAUUUAAUUCUCUGUGGACAAUGGAGAGGAUACUCUGGAAAACAAAUCACAGAUGUCGUGAAUAUCGGCAUCGGCGGCUCCGACUUGGGCCCCCUGAUGGUCACCGAAGCCCUGAAACCCUUCAACAAGGGCCUUAAGUUGCAUUUCGUCUCCAACAUCGACGGCACCCACAUGGCCGAAGUUCUCAAGAAAGUCGAUGCCGAAACUGUGCUUUUCAUCAUCGCGUCGAAAACUUUCACCACUCAAGAAACCUGCACCAACGCCAAAUCCGCCAAAGACUGGUUCUUGGGUUACGCCAAAGACCCCGCCGCAGUUGCCAAACACUUUGUCGCCCUCAGCACAAACGCCGAAAAGGUGACCGAGUUUGGCAUCGAUCCCGCGAACAUGUUCGGUUUCUGGGAUUGGGUGGGAGGACGUUACUCCCUGUGGUCCGCCAUCGGACUCAGCAUUUGCCUCUCUAUCGGCUUCGACAACUUCGCUAUGCUGCUAGAGGGCGCUCACUUCAUGGACAACCAUUUCCAGACUGCUCCUUUGGAGAAAAACGCUCCUGUAAUUUUAGCCCUUUUGGGCAUCUGGUAUUCCAAUUUCUUUGGAGCUGAAACCCAUGCCCUCCUACCUUAUGACCAAUAUUUACAUAGAUUUGCUGCCUACUUUCAACAAGGUGAUAUGGAAAGUAAUGGCAAAUACGUUACUAAAGCUGGUAAAACGGUUGACUUCGCCACUGGACCAAUAGUAUGGGGCGAGCCGGGCACCAACGGGCAGCACGCCUUCUACCAGCUGAUCCACCAGGGCACGCGCGUCGUCCCCUGCGACUUUAUCGCGCCCGCGCAGACGCACAACCCCAUCGGCGACGGCGUGCACCACAACAUCCUGCUAUCGAACUUCCUCGCGCAAACCGAGGCGCUGAUGGCCGGCAAGACCGCCGAGCAGGCCAAGGAAGAGCUGAGCAAAGCGGGCAUGAGCGGAGACCAGCUGGAGAAGAUUUUGCCGCACAAGGUGUUCCAGGGUAACAGGCCCACCAACAGUAUUGUCGUGAAGAAGGUCACGCCGUUCACCUUGGGAGCUCUUAUUGCAUUAUACGAAAUGAAAAUCUUUGUGCAAGGAAUAAUCUGGGAUAUCAACUCCUUUGACCAAUGGGGUGUCGAGUUGGGAAAACAAUUGGCCAAAGCCAUUGAACCCGAAUUGCAAGACAAUAACCCAGUAAACACCCACGACGCCUCCACCAAUGGGCUCAUCAACUUCAUCAAGGCAAACCGUUAA